CGCCCGGAGGGGGGGGGCGGGGGCGCGCUCUGGCGUUGCGUGCUCGCGUACGUCGCCGGGCUUCGGCUGCGUCCGUCCCGUCGCCCGCCCGUUGCCGUCGUCGUCGCUGCCGCGCUCUCGCUUCACCGGCCGCCGCCUGAAGGGGGCCGGGGCCAGCUGCCGCCGGGAUGCCGCGGGUGUAUAUCGGCCGCUUGAGCUACCAGGCCCGGGAGCGCGAUGUGGAGCGCUUCUUUAAGGGCUACGGGAAGAUCCUGGAGGUGGAUCUGAAGAACGGGUAUGGUUUUGUGGAGUUUGAUGAUCUGCGAGAUGCAGAUGAUGCUGUUUAUGAACUGAAUGGCAAAGACCUUUGUGGUGAGCGAGUAAUUGUCGAGCAUGCCCGCGGCCCACGUCGAGAUGGCAGUUACGGUUCCGGACGCAGUGGAUAUGGUUAUAGAAGAAGUGGUCGCGACAAAUACGGGCCUCCUACCCGCACAGAGUACAGACUUAUUGUGGAGAACUUGUCGAGUCGAUGUAGCUGGCAAGACCUAAAGGAUUAUAUGCGCCAGGCAGGAGAAGUGACGUACGCAGAUGCUCAUAAGGGACGCAAAAAUGAAGGGGUGAUUGAAUUUGUAUCUUAUUCUGAUAUGAAAAGAGCCUUGGAAAAGUUGGAUGGAACAGAAGUCAAUGGCAGAAAAAUCAGAUUAGUUGAAGACAAGCCAGGUUCUAGACGGCGACGGUCCUACUCCAGGAGCCGGAGUCAUUCAAGGUCUCGCUCUCGAAGCAGACAUUCUCGGAAGAGCAGAAGCCGGAGUGGCAGCAGCAAAAGCAGCCAUUCUAAGAGUCGGUCCCGAUCCAGGUCAGGCUCCCACUCCCGGAGCAAGAGCCGCAGCCGCAGCCAGAGCCACAGCCGCAGCAAGAAAGAGAAAAGCAGGAGCCCUAGCAAAGACAAGAGCCGCAGUCGCAGCCGCAGUGCCGACAAGAACCGUGGCAAGAGCAAAGACCAUGCCGCCGAGGACAAGCUCCAGAACGAUAGCACCGGCAAAGCCAAGAGCCGGAGUCCCAGCCACAAAAGCGAGAGUCGGAGUCGGAGCCAGGAGCGGAGAGCAGAAGAGAAGCGAGGGAGCGGGAGCCGCAGCCGCAGCAAGGAGAAGAGCCUGCUCAAGAGUCGGAGCCGCAGCCGCAGCAAAAGCAAGGACAAGAGAAAAGGCAGGAAGCGGAGCAGGGAGCAGAGCCGCAGCCGCAGCCGCAGCCGCAGCAAGAGCGAGCAUGGCAGAAAGCGCAGCAGCAAGCGAGACAGCAAGGCCGGCGGCGGUGGCAAGAAGAGGAAGAAGGACGGCACUGACCGCUCGCGAUCCAGGUCACGGUCCCGCUCAGUAUCUAAGGAGCGGGAACACGCCAAGGCAGAAUCUGGCCAGAGGGAAGGCCGGGGCGAGGGUGAGAGUGCUGCCCCCAAUCCUGAGCCCCGAGCCCGGUCAAGAUCCAAUUCCAAAUCAAAACCAAACCUUCCAGCAAAAUCACGCUCCAGGUCAAAGUCAGCCUCAAAAACCCGGUCUCGGUCCAGGUCCAAAUCUGCUUCCAGAUCGCCCUCGCGGUCUAGAUCUCGGUCCCACUCAAGAUCCUAACUGGCUACACCCACGACUGGAACUACCCAGAAGUCUUUUGUACAUGUUUGGUAGCCGUAGCACAAGUGAUUGGAGUAGAACAUCGUCACUGCUGUACAGUUUUAACUCCCCUAAUGGUGUGUCUAUAAUUGUUCAAUCUAAGUGCUUCCUCAGUAAAGCCUCCUGGCCAGGCCUUCCUGCUCAACUGAAGAACAGAUCUUUUCGCCCCCUUCACUCACGGCCCACGGUAGAAUAUUCAAACGCCUUGGCUCUCAGGCCUGGCCACUACUACAGGGAGUUCGGCACCUGGACGCCUUCUAAGGCUGGAAUGAUGGCAUGGGUAGGUAUGGUGAGUUUGGCCAUUUUGCCCUUGAAUUGAGCCCUUUGAUGUACGCCAUUUAGUGAAAGUGCUAAGUCUUCAGUUUCCUACCACUUUGGUUUCCUAAUUUUGGACCUAACAAAGUUGUGGAUAGCACAGUGGAGAGAUGAUACCUGCAUAACCCUUAGGAAGUAACUGUAGAGCUCCAUAUUCUGGUAUUGUGAUGAUAUUGUUUUAUAUUAAAAAAGAAAAGAAUUUUUUUUAAUUUUAUUUUUCCCUGUCUUGCAAAGUAUAGUGAUCCCUGUUUCCAUUAAAUUUGAAUAAAGACUAUUUUUGCUUGACAAAAUUUCA